AUGCCCGUGGCCCUGGCGCCUCUCCCGCGUCGCUACGCGGGCGCGCCGAUCGGCGCGACCGCCGCGAUUCUGGCCACGCAGCUCAAGGCCAAGAAGCGCGAGGAGGCGAAUACGCCCAGCCCGACGCCCAGCCCGACGACGGCGCGCUCGACGGGCCAGCCGAAGACGCCGAGCUCGACGGACCAGCCGAAGACGGACCAGCCGAAGACGGCGCGCUCGACGGACCAGCCGAAGACGAACAGCUCGACGGACCAGCCGAAGACGAACAGCUCGACGGACCAGCCGACGACGGUGCGCUCGACGGACCAGCCGACGACGGUGCGCUCGACGGACCAGCCGAAGACGGCCCGCUCGACGGACCAGCCGAGGCCGGACGGCUCGACGGACCAGCCGACGAUCGUUCUUCCCGACGGGGUCUUCAUCGGCCCGCCAGAGCCGUGCAUCUGGGUCCUCAAGACGGGUUCGCAGCUCCAGGUCGACGAGGUUGGCGUCGUGCACUCUGUUGGCGGUGACAAGUUUUCAGCGGUGUUGGGCAGGGGUUUUGAGCUCAGCAGGUCUGCAUUGGCAGACCUCAGCGGGGCGCGGCACGAGCAGCUAUCCAAGGCCCAGGCCAACGCCGUGGUCUACAUGCUCCAGCGCGCGCAGCUCAACCCAGAUGAGAAAGCAACCCUGGCUCUGAUGUCCAGCCAGGUGAACUGGUUCGACGGCCACGACGCCCAGAUCAUGUCCCUGCUCGUGGCAUCACCUGCGCCGCGCCAGAGCACCACUGGCAACGUUGGCCAGAAGUACACGAGCUUCGUGGAAUUUUUCACGGAGGCCGAAUGGAAGAAGAUGCUAGAGGAGAAUCCGUCUUCGUCGGCGAUCCUGUCUCUCAUCAUUUCGCGUGUGAUCCGCCUCGGGGGGCGCAACGUGUGCGAAUACUCGAACAAGCUAAUGACUUCGCUCUGGCUUAUGCUUUGCGACCCUUCUGUGGACCCGAUGUCGUUCUUUCAGAAGAAAAAGCAGUUCCUCUACGUCAAGAGAGAAUACAGGCGCAUUGCAGACAAGACGCCGAGGCUGAUGAUGGAUCAGCGUAUCGACACACUGCCUUCUCUGCCAGACGAGUUCGCCACGCUCUACCCUGCCGCGCACAACAAAGCGUUCAGCACCAGGCCUGGCGACGGGCCCAUGAGGUGCCCGCUCAACAUGCAGAGGCUGCUCGAGAUCGACAACUCAUACAGGUGCCGCGGCUCGGGGCCCGAGCUGGACUUCCAGCGCGGCGCCCAGUCUAGCGCGACAUCCCUGGCGCUUGCCCCCAUCGAGCCGCAGUCGGACAUCAGGCAGAUGCUGCUCCAGUCGCAGCAGCAGAUGCAGCAGAUGCAGGCCUUUGCCAUCAACGCGAUGCAGCUCGUGGCGGGUAAUCGCGGUGGCGCUGCGGCUUCAGGCAGCGGCGGUGCUGGGAACGGCCUCCUCGAGAACCUGGAAGUGUUCUCCCAGGGCGCGCGUGCUGGUGGACGCCCGAGCUCGAAUCGGCUGCAGCUGUUGACGCCAGACCACCACCGCCAGCAGAGCGCUCCGUCGCCACACCAGCAGCGCGGCGACCUUGCGCCGCCGCUGGACCAGGCCGAUGGGCACCAUGAAAGUAGCAUGGCGCCUCUGCCCCAGCCAGAGUCGGCGCCCGACCAUGGCGCCAUCCAAGUCACGCCCCAGCGCCAUCGAGACCAGCCAGCCGCACCUGGUGAUCAGCCCGUCGCCCCCCCAAGGGUCUCCCUCAAGGACUCCGUGCAUAACGCGAUGAAGAUGAUGGAGGAGAAGGGGCUCGCCGCCAAGGGCAGGAAGCGCGCUUUCAGCGUUUCUAAGAAGCCAGCUUGCGCCGCCAUCUGCGACGCCGCCGAGGACGAGGGCGAGGAUGACGCCGCCGAGGACGAGGGCGACGAUGCAUCAGAUGAGGACGAUGUAGUGACGACACCGCCGCCCAUGAAGUCGGUGAUGAAGGCCGCUCGCAAGGCCACUCCGCCGCCCAUGAAGUCGGCGAUGAAGGCCGCUACCAAGGGCGGCAGCGGGAAGACGAAAGGGAUUGACUAUUCCGACCUGUUGUCCAUCACCAAGUCCACGAUGAAGAAGACCACCCGCGGUGCCUUCACGUCGAAAGCUUACGACAACACGAAGAAGCGGGCAUCCGUCGCUGGCAUGUCGCCAGCCAAGGUUCUGGCGAUUGCCAGGGAGGCGUACGCUGCCGCCGCGUCCAAGUGGGACAAGCUCAAAGUUUGCUAG